GGCAGAGUGCCAACGCGACGCCAAUCCUCACAGAAAAAAACCCACGAGUGCUGGAAGGUAGAGACUCAGGAAUCUUAUGUACUCAGAGAAAAUGCAGCUGCUCUUGCUCUCCCUGAUUGUGGGGGUCACGUUUGCUGUGCCUCCUCAGGAAAAGCGUGUUCAUCAUCAGCGUGACCUGAGUGACCACGUCCACGACGAUGCCCACGGUUACCAGUACGAUCACGAGGCCUUUCUGGGCAAAGAGGAUGCCAAGACAUUUGACCAGCUGACCCCUGAGGAGAGCCAGGCCAGACUUGGGAAGAUAGUGGAUCGCAUCGACACAGAUAAGGAUGGUUUCGUUACCCAUACAGAGCUUCACCACUGGAUCAAACACAGGCAGAGGAGGUACAUUGAGGAGAACGUGAACAAGCACUGGAAAGAAUACGACCAGAACAAGGAUGGGAAGAUUGCCUGGACGGAAUACAAGAACACCACUUAUGGCUCCUACCUGGAUGACGAGUUUAGUGACAUAGAGGACAGAGAAACCUACAAAGCCAUGCUCAUGCGAGACGAGAGGCGAUUCAAGGCAGCAGAUAAAGACGGGGAUGGAACCGCCACAAAGGAAGAGUUCACCGCCUUCCUCCACCCUGAGGAGUUCAAAUACAUGGAGCACACUGUGGUGCAGGAAACAAUAGAUGAUAUCGACAAGAACGGUGAUGGCAAGAUAAAUCUAGAGGAGUACAUCGGGGACAUGUACACUCGCGAGGACGGAGUGGAGGAGCCAGACUGGGUUAGCACUGAAAAGAAGCACUUCUCAGAGUUCAGAGAUGUUAACAAGGACGGUUUCCUUGAUGGCACCGAAGUUGCCCAGUGGAUACUGCCAGGAAAUGUUGAUCACGCUGAUAAUGAGGCCAAACAUCUUAUUCAUGAGACAGAUACGAACAAUGAUGAUAAAAUCACUAAGCAGGAGAUUCUGGCUAACUGGAACAUGUUCGUCGGGAGCCAGGCCACCAAUUACGGAGAAGAUCUCACCAGGAAACACGAUGAGCUUUGAUGCUUUCAUGCUAAAGAGAAACAGCAGUGGGUUCUCAUAUAGGUCAAGGAUUUGCAGGAAGGGUCAAAGUUACAUGUAAUAAGCAAAUUACUGUUACAUUUUUACAUUAAUAGAUGGGUGGAUUUAGUCCAAGGUAGGGUUAGAAGUCAGGGGUCAAGACCUAAUGUUAGGAAUCGGGAGUGUUCUUGAGGUGAGUCGGGACUGGGAGGGUACUUCAAUCUAAAGCGAAAUUCCAACAACUUUUCAAAAUUUCUGCAUAAUUCAAUUGAGGUGUAAACAGUCAUUCAGAGUGGUUUGAUGUCUUUACAGUGGUGGUGAUGGGAACCAGGGGUCGCAAUGUCUACAACACAAAUACAGCCAUUUUAUUUACUAUCCAAAAUCACCAGUUAACCUACGUGCGUUUUCUUCUUACAUGUGUUUUAGUAUGUAAUGUUGAUGAUGACAAAAUAGUGAUAAAUCUAAAAGCAAAGCUUUGCCUUAGGCUGUACCUCAAUACCAUGAAUGUAUUAAAUAAAAUUAAGCCAAAACCCUUUUUAAGACUGUCAUAAAACAAGGUCUCAGGGAGGAGGAAAUAUAUUUGUAACAAGCCAUAACUUUCUAUGAGGGAGCUUUUAGAAACAUUAAACAUUAAAGACGUCUGGUUCCUAUUACCACCACUGUGAAAAAUUCUUACUUCGUAAGUUUUUCUAUAAGAAAUCUUCUCAUUUCAAACCACUCUGCUUGACUUUGCUCACAUCUUAAUGAUUUAAUUAUGCAAAAACAUUGUAAAAAAUCUAUGGAAUUCUCCUUUAACUGAAAUCAGAUUGUAUUUAUUAAGGCAUCACAUUACAUCCAUUAAAAGAAACGUUUACAGCAUGUUUACAUGCACAUUGUGGUUGACAAACAUUUAUACCUGUUUUCCUUAGUUAUGCAGUAUUCCCAAAAGGCUGAUGUUGCUAAGUAGAAAUAAAAGCCAUUAGUAUUUUAUAAAACUGUCUUAACAAUUUUACCAUUACAAUUUCUAUCCCUAUGUAGGAUUUGAAAAUAUAAUUUUUGGUUAGUUUUAGCUGUAGAUCUGUAUGUGUGGCAGUGGCUCAGACCACAAAAGGAAAGAGCUCAAGAGUACAGUGCUAUUCUGGGAUAAGCUUGUGACUUUAAAAGCACAUAUAAUACAAUUCAGGCUUGUCAUUACAUAUAUAAAGGCAUGAUUAUAUCCAUUUGGUCUAUUCUUAGGUGUAAAAGACAACAGAUACAAAAACUAUAAUGCUUCAGAUUCACAUGCAGUGUCACAAUGGCUAAAUAAAAAAGCACAAAAGUCUUAUAGUAAGCUUUGCAGUGUGUAUGGUCAUCCUUAAAUGAUCAAUGUAUUGGAAAAUUAGUUGAUGUAUGUAAAGUUCCAAAACAUACUAUUCACUAUAAAGUCCAUAGUCUAUAUAUGAAAACUAAGCUGCAAAAACAGGUUGUUUUGAAUUCAUCAGUUUUGUGAUGGAAUGAAAAGCAACACAUUUACAGGCUUGUUCAGUCUAUAGAAGUGUGCUCUAGCUUGGACUGCGUUUUGAAUAAGGACAGCCAAUCAGAACAGAACUAAUUUACAUAUAUCAGUCUUAAACAGCCUGUUUAUUUCUAAGGAAUGAAAAGAGGUUGGAAAAUAGUCAUGUAAAAAUGAAUUAUGGCCAUUUUUGCCAAGUAAAAACACAUAAAAGUUUUAAGUAGACGUCUGGGGAAAAAGAAAUAUGAAAAAUGUUAAAUAUUGAAACUUUAAAGUACUAGUUAUUUGGAGCAGGCAACAAUAGCACAGAAGUAAAUGACUGCAGAUCACUCUGAGAUGAUUCAUACAUACAGGCCCAGAAUAUGGCUGAGCCAUGGGGUCUGAUACUAGAACUUUCCAGGUCUAAGUGUCAUUCUGAUUGCUGUGCAGGUUGCUUCAGAAGUGUUUGGUCCCUCCAUGUUCUUGCUGCAGCACAGUGAGAAUGAAAAAGGGCAGACACAGCUCUGUGACAACUCCUCUGCAUAAAUCCAGGCUAAAAUAUGUCUAGAUGUAAGCUUUCAGCCCUGCUUAGCAACAUUAGCAAUGUAGCUCCGGUGCCAAGUUAGAGAAACAAAGUAUAAACAUGUCAACCACACUUCAGAUAAAUGGAAAGUCUUGGUCAUUCUAUCUUUUCAACACUCCACUAUAGUCCUGUUGUGUGGUAGCCUAAUGCAUGUUUAUAGGUUUAUUGAUGCACAAGAGUUGAGCACUGAAGAAAAGGCUAUUUGCAGACAUCUGAACAAACAGCGCUUGAAUGGGCUGUUACAAACACAGCCCAGCUGUCUGGACAUCACCUGUGGCUACCACUGGCAGGGAAGUGUUCGAAGGGAAGAGAUGGGGAAGGCAUAGAGAAAGACAAUAAGGGAUUAAGUUCUUGGGAGGAGAAAAACUUUGACUGUUUGCUGGCAACAUAUUUCUCUGUGAAUUAAAAAUAAAGGCCUUUUUUUUUAA